CCCAAGUUCUUCCCCAGCCCGAGACGGCCCAAGAGACGUAAACAAGAUGGUGGUUGACACGAAGGCAGCUCCUGACAGCGCCGCCAAGAAGGAGCCACAGAGCAACCCCCUGGCCAGGAAAAUCAACAAGAUCCUCGAGACCCGCCUGGAAAAUGACAAGGACACCGUGGACGCCCUCAAGGAACUCUCCACCUUCUUCAAGGACAACACACUUAGAAGCCGCAGGAACCUCAGAGGGGAGAUUGAGAAGCGAAGUGUUGGAAUCAGCGAGGAAUUUGUAGCUGCUCUCAGAGAUGUGAAAGAGGCUGUGGAUGACAUCUACAAGGAAGUGAGUUCCAUGAAUGAGGUGUGUGUCGACAUGAAGACACGGCUGCAGGCAACCAAGUCAGAGACUCGGCACCUCAUUCACCAGACCAACUCCCUCCAAAAUCAGAGCAAUAAGCUGCACAUGCAGGAGACAGUUGCUGAAGCCUUUGUGAAGUGCUUCCAGCUGACGCCGGAGGAGGUGGCCGUCAUCAAGGGCUCUUCCCGGGAGUCCCCAAUCACACCAGAGUUUUUCAUGGUCCUGGACAAGACUCAGAAAAUACGCAGCAACACCAAAUACCUUCUACAGACCGGUCACCAGAAGACUGCCCUGGAUGUAAUGGAGCAGAUGAAUGUUUGUCGAGAGGCGGGCCUUGAGAGGCUCUACCGCUGGUGUCAGGCACAGUGUCGCUCCCCUGACCCCUCCCCCCUCCUCACUCAGGCCUUGGCAGCUCUUCAGGAAAGACCAGUGCUUUUCAACCUGGUUGUUGAGGAGUGGGUGGUGGUGCGGCGCGGGUGGCUGGUGCGAGGGUUCCUGGACGCCCUCACUAUCGGGGGUCCAGGCGGAGCACCCCGACCCAUAGAGCUGCAAGCCCAUGACCCACUGCGCUAUGUGGGGGACAUGCUGGCAUGGGUGCAUCAGGCCCUGCCAUCUGAGCGGGAGGCAGCCCAGACUCUCUUUGCCAAAUGUACCAACCUGGAUCCCUCAGAGCAGACUAGAACAACCGUGGCCAAUGUGUCCGAGAGUGUGUGUCGGCCCCUGAGGACAAGAAUAGAGCAGAUGAUUGUGACGGACCAGCGGCGGGAGGGAGGGAAGAAGCCCGUCAUGCUGUACAAGAUCAGCAACCUCCUCAGAUUCUACCACAACACCAUUAUGCAGGUGACAGAUGGGGGCCUGCUGGUGGCCACCCUGGAUGAGCUGCACCAGCUGAGCUACAAGAUGUUCAUUUCUGCCCUUCAGAGUCAGGUGAGUCAUGUAAGUGAAAGGAUUGAGCCACCGGGGGAGACCCUAUCGCCCACCCCCGGCGUGGCGCGCACCCUCAGCCUGCUCACGGAGGUCAUCACCGCCGCCACCGUGGCCGACGACGCCCAGCACGACUUUAAGCAGAUUGUAAGCUGUGUAGUGGACCCUCUGAUGAAUGCUGUGAGUGAGAGCGCCUCAGGGCUGGGUGCUGUGGAGUCUGCCGUCUACCUUCUGAACUGCUUCCACCAGCUUCACUCCACACUCUCCCUCCUUCACACCACAGGAGAGAAGUUAGAAAUGAUCCAGGGCCAGAUCGAUGCACAGCUGGACACCUUGACCCAGGAGCAGAUCAACGGAGUGUGUCAUAGCAUAGGGGUGGCCUCCAUGUACCCCCUGGUGACCAACCCGCCCUCCACCCCUCUCUCACAACACCCUUCGUGUCAACCUCUGGCCAUACAGGCGUUCAUGACUAAACUGGAUGGAUUCUUAGCCGCUCCUGACCACCUCAUGCUGCCCCACACCAGGCUGCUGCUCGCCUCUUCCUUCCGACGCACACUUCAGCAGCGCACGGCAGAGGCAGUGUGCAUGGUGUACAAGAAGCUGCACGAGAUAGUCCAUGACCCCAACCAUGGCUACACAGACCCCAGCUCCCUCCUGCCCCGUGACCCAGAAACAGUCAAGACUCUCCUUUCAUAGCAGUGAUUCUAGACUUAUGCCUCAAUUGUUUUUGUAUUUUGCAUCUUUUUUGUAGUAAGUAUAAAGCAACAGCCUCAGUCAGGUCAUUUAGCUAUGGUUAUUUAUGCACUGGGUUUUUGUUGUUUAGGUAUUGUUGGGGAGGGUAAACUUCUUUGAUAAUAUCAAUCAAGUUCCUGGGCAUGGAAGUCUUGCAGGUUUUGGCAUAUUUACUGCAUUAGCAUCCUGAUUAUUUUCAUUAAUAAGAAAACACUUGCCAGAAUAUCAGCUUAAGUGAUGCAGUGCCUGCCAUCAACAGUACUCAAUCCAGUUUCACCAUUCAAGAAGUUGUUCCAUCAAGUUGCUUUUCCAUCAUUCUGUAUAGCUAUAUCAAACAAACUAAACAUUCCACAGUUUCUGUAAAUAGUUAAAUACAAAUGCGUAAUCUAUAUUUACACAUUUAUGUGAUAUUAAGUAAUAUAGCUGAAAAGGUAUUGACAAGAUAAAAUUUUGGCAUGAGCUAAGGGAAUUAGCUAAUUUAAAUAACUCCACAAGUUCCUUCAAGAGCAGCAACCUUUUUUAGCCCUAGUGUGAGGUCAUUGAUUUAUCUAUUCACCAUUCUUUGUGUAUUUAUAUCAGGCAAACAACAGAGUUUUUUUGUAAGAUGCAGUCUGCAUUAUAUAUUAACUUGGGUUUGUUGAAAAGUCGUGUAAGGUUGGACAUCCAUUUGUCUGUGAUCCAUAUCCAUGGCAUUGUCAUUCUUGCACAACUACAUUUCUAAGUUUAUAUUUUGAGGCAGGACAGGACAGGAAAGAAAAGUUGCAAUUACUGUCAGGCAAUAGCUUUGAUAAGGUCAGUGGAGGCUUCUUGGACUUUUCCUAUGUUUGAUUAUAUAUUCACCAAUACUGAUUUGGACGUGGAUCACAGACUUGUGGAUGUCCGACCCAGAAAGGAUUUCAUAUACAUGGGAGUCGGUAUUAAUGAGAGAGAGAGAGAGAGAGAGAGACCCCCCCAGGGGUCCCUUUCAGCAAGUCUCCAUGCAGGCCUCCUUCCCAUCAUCCUGAGUACCUCAAAAUGGGAUCCACAAUUUGUUCAAACCCCAGUCUUUGUGGGCAUCCCUUUGCCCUCAUCCACUCAGUACCCUGGUGGUGUCUCACAUGUCCAUAGCCAGUGUUGGUGUUCACAGACUAUGCAGGUAAUAGGCCUAGAUUCUUCGGUCUCUUGGAAUAAUUGGAGUAAUGACUCGGUGAGACUGAAUCAAGGCUUGGUACCUGCAUAGUCCAUGAAUGCCAACUCCAAAUUUAAGGACAUAAGGCAUGCUACCAAAAAGUUGAACCUAUCCACUUACUUGUUUCUAUAAGAAACAAUCUCAUGUGAAGUAGGUCAAGGGGGCACCCACAAAGCUCUUAGCUUGACCAAGUCCAUAGAUCCUGCCUCGAGUUCCUGGGAAUGAGGUGGCCUGCAUGGAGACUUGCUUGGAGGGAUCCUUGAGAAUAUCGUCAGAGGGAGGGGGAAGCUGUGUACCCCCAACCGUAUAUUCCCCAUGAUUCUGAAAUGUAGCUAGACAACCAAGGUUGAAAGAUGAAUUUCAAGUGUUUACCAGAGUAGGAUAGGAUAUGUUGACUUUGACAGGUGAAGAAUGUUUGGGAAGCCCUUUGUCCCUACAGUGGACUAUUGUCCAUUCAUGGAAGCUGGAUCCCUAGCUCCUACUUGAGCAAGUAAGGACGCUGCUUAUUAUUGGCUUUUGGUGGGCGGGGUGUCUGCUGUCUCAGGCGUCGAACACACUAGUUCAAGUUGUGUUCACUAUAACACAAUUUUCAAAACUCGAUAGGGCAAAAAAACGUAAUUACAGCAAGUAGAAUUCAGGGAACAAAAUUUGAUCUUUAUAACACUUUUUAUUUAUUAAUAUUUUGGGUAAUUAUGGAAUAAAUAUUUUGAAUAAAAAGUUUGAACUUGAAUAUAAAAUCAUCCUAAAUAUGAUGGUACUUUUAAAUUUUAGAUAAAAAGCAAUAGAAGAGGAGGUGGGGAAGGUAGUACAAAUAUUGAGUUAUAUUCUGAUUUAUACUCCUCAAAAUUACUUUUUUACAUUAAUCAAAUUUUGGAAAUUGUGUUAUAGUCAUAUAAUCAUUACUUGAUCCAAUGCUAUCAACAAAAUUUGCUCAUCUUGUGUAGCAGGUAAGAAAUGAAUAUUUUCUGAACAUAACGUUUGUGUUGUGCAGCAGAGACAAUCCACAGCAGCUUCCUUAUUUACUCAGGCAGGGAUGCAGCCACUGUUGGGAGGGAUUCAGUUGAAGUGAAUGGACUGCUGCAGUAAAGGAUGAAAUAAUAGUGUUGAAUAAGAAAUAACUCCUUAAAUUACUAUUAAUCCAUAUGGUAAUAUCAAAUUAAUCUAAAUUUCAGUAUAUGUGACAUUUCCAUGAAACCUAUAUUCUUGUAAAGUAAAAAUACACUGCAACAUACACUAUAAAAAUUGAGAUACCAACUUGCAUAUAGUUUACACGUAUACAAAUAUAUCAAGCAAUUUAUGGAAACUAGGGUUUUUGUUUGCCUGAUUUAGUUAUACUACGAUGAAUGGUGAAUAACUUUACCAAGCUCCUCACCUCACAGCGAGUCAAGGUGUUGCUCCAGAGACCACUUGACCCAGGGUGUUGUUGAAAGCAGGAACCCACUGGGUGAUCUUCUAGCUAGUGAUAUCUAAAUGCCUUAUUGCUAAUAUGAAGGACAAGUUCCUGGAAUAAAUACUGGUAUUAUUGAAAGUGUGAAUCAGGUGUUAAAAAAAUAUUUUGUUUGAGAAAAUAUAUUUAUAAAAAAUGA